AUCUCCGUGAGAUGUUCAUUCUUCAACGUACAUUCGGAGGAUCAAGAGGUGCUCGCGAGGCAAACAAAACAUUUUGUCGGCAUUACCUGAGUGUUACUUCCGCAAACAAACAAGUGUCGUUUACGUGAAUUGAUAAUUGAUUCGAUUGAUUGGUGCUGUCUGUGGACAGUUUAUUACCCGGUGAAAGCAAAGGUGGAAGACGGAUACAUGAGACCGCUUUUUUUGUGCGUAUCCGUUUGACGUUGGAAUACAUCGGCGGAAAUUGAGUUAUCGAUAGUGAAAAUAAGGAGUUGGGUCGUUAGGAUUGUUGUGACUUCGUUAUCGUGUUUCAUGUAGAGUUGUAGAUAAAAAGAUAGAUAACCGAUUGAUGCAUUUUAGAAAUAUGACGAAACAAAGACGAAUAACCCUCACCCUCCUACUCCUAUCGAUAUGUGUAACCCUGGCAAACGGGCAAAUACCAUCAUUUGGAAAAUGCCACAAAGUACCAGCCGUGCAAAAUUUCAACGUAGAUGCAUUCAUGGGACGAUGGUAUGAGCAGGAAAAGUAUCCCUAUGCAUUUGAGUACUCUGAACACUGUGUUACGAUUGACUAUAAACGAAACAGCGAAGGAAUAAUCUCGAUUACAAAUCGACAAACAGACUUCAACAGCGGACAACAGAAUUUAUUUUACGGAACAGCAAGGAUUAUCAAAUCUGGUAGACUAGUGGCGAGGUUUCCCGUACCAUUUAAUUCGGAAGCUCCCUACUCGAUCGUAGGAACUGAUUAUAGAACAUUUGCCGUAGUCUACUCUUGUUUGAAUUUUGGAGAUCUUUCCAGUCGGAGUAUGGCAUGGAUUCUCACUAGACAGCGUUCCCCUUCACCAAAAGCAAGAAGAAAAGCAUAUGCAGUUCUGGAUGCAGCAAAAAUCUCCAGAGCCUAUUUGACGCAAACAAACCAGCAAAAUUGUGAUCCAGAAAAACGAAAUAUCAAUAAUCGUUCAAAACAAUCUUCAACGUCUUCAUCUAUCUCUCCUCUUUCCUAUGAUGUGUAUACUACUACUCCUUCGCCAUUUAAAUAUUCAUCUCUGACUUCACGUUCACCUUCCCAUUCUUUGUCUAAAUUGUCUCCACUAUCAUUUAAUACUUUUAAUUUUUCUUCACUACUUUCGGAUUUCGCGUCUUAUACAAAACCCAGUUCAUCCACUACUGUCCGUCCUUAUUUGUCUUCAUUUGCACCACUAUACUCAUUCUCUUCGUCCCUUUUCUCUUCGACCACUUCACCCUUUGCUUUAGAUCAUUUCACUAAUCGAUUUAAAUCUUCCUUUUCUACAAGUACCACUACUCCGUCUCCUAUCAAUCCAACCCUCUCUUCGUUAGCGAAAUAUUCUUCUCUGAAUCCCUUAUUCUCAUUCUCUUUUCCCACUUCAACUCCUUCCAUCCUGAGCCCAUACAUUUAUCGAUUUAAUUACUCUUCUCCCAGCCUUAUAACUACAACUACUGCCUCUCCUAUUCAUUCUUACGCAGCAUAUUUACCACAUCCAUUGAAAUCAUCUCCUUCUUCUCUGACAUCUUCGAGUUCUUCUCUAACAUCCAAUCUAUUGACUUCAUCAUCUCCAACUUCGACGUCUUCCUUGCUUGCUGGUCCAUCCGAUUCGUCUUCCCUUCGAAAACCAACUCACACAGGAUCUUCAGGAUCAUCGCUAGCUAAUUCUAGGAGGAGGUUAAGUCUGCUGGAUGUGAUAUUGUUUUCGUCCCUGGUUUAGCUGUUAGUUAGAUCGUAUACUUUAACAAAUAAAAAAACUGCUCUUCAACUAUCAGUAUAAAACAGAAACAAGCGAAAGACUGACUGUGGAAAUUAACUUUUAUUUAUAAAAUAAAUUUUUAGUGGUAUUAAGAACGAAAGCGAAGAUCUCAAAACAAUAAAUGAACUACAAUGACCAAUGGAAAUAAAAUUUACUUUCAGCUUUCCACUACUUCCGACGAGAAGAUAUGUUACACAUGAUUUGUCUUCAA